GUAGCUGACCACUAACAGUAUGUUUAAAUAGAUCCUCCUUGCGGAAACCCGUGGGCCUCUUCUCAUCACUCGGUUAACAGGUGAGCAGUGAAAUUCGCCUAAAGUACUUUGACGCAGCUGUUAGUUCUGUAAACUAACUGGAAACCUGGAUGGAAACCUUGCCUUUGAUCUCCGUUCAGAGGAAAAAAGACCGUUUUCGUGAAAAGUUGAAGUCACGUCUCAGCAACCUUGCCUGUUGUUCUUUUGUCCUUCUUCUCCUGUGGCAGAUUACAGGGGCGGUUCUUUACUUCCUGCGUGCCUACGACUGCUGUUUAAGGGAACGACACACAACAUUCAGCUGCGUAAAUAGUACAAAAGUUCCCCACUCUGAAGAACUUGAACUGACAUGGCUACUUUCUCAAGAUAUAAGUAUCGCAUUGGUAGCAUUUUUCCUAAGAAAGGUGCCUGGAUUUCUGGGAUUUCGUGCAAUCUUGAAGAAAGCCGUGCGAAUGCCAGCAUUUUGGAGUCUGGUGGCACUGCACGCAAUGCAGAUCGUGGGACUUACAAUGAUUGUGUAUUUUAACAAAGUUAUCCAUGUGAAAAUAUGUCUCAUAGCUGCGUUUUGCUUACACGGAUUAACGCUCAUUGCAAUCCUAUUCGUGCUAAAUUUUACGCCAUUAAAUCGUAUUAGGAGAUGGUGUGACUUCUUUGUUUUUAUACUUUUUAAAUUCACGUUAGCGGUUUUUUUCUUGCAAACUUUUACAAUCUUUGUAGUCGGAUCUGUUCAGUUUGCUUUUAAAGUCACUGGUUUAGACGAGGUGGGACGAUCAGCUAAUUUCGUGACAAUUUUUCGAAAACUUCGAGAAUUUCCACAAGUUAUUUUCUACUACAGGACAACAACUUUCUUCUGGCACAAGCUGUUUUUUGAUAAUAGGAAUAUACUCAGCCAUUUUCAGAUUCUGAGGUCAAGAAAUGAUCUUUUGAAUGGAAUGGGGUGAAUUAGAGUGUUUUUCGAUCCAGCGCCGUAAAAUCGAAACAAAAGUACAUUCACAAAGUCUAGUUAGAACAACGGUAAAACCAAAAGAAAAGUACAUUCACAAAGUCCAGUUAGAACAACGGAGAGGGGCCUGGGAUGACAGAUUCCAAUUAAGCAGUGAAAUUCGCAGUUGAAGUGCUUGACUCCUCGUUAUAAUUUUAACAUACCCAUUUAAAAUAGAAUGAAAUAGUUAUUGAAAAUUACAAGGAAAUCCUCCAGGACUUAUUUUUUUUUAUUUUUGGAAAAUUAAAACAGCAGUAGAUAUGAUCAAAACAGGAAAGAAAACAGUAAAAAUUUUCAUGAUACAACCUUCAAUAUAGAUUUUAAAGAUGUAGUCCUGCAAAGCCUUUGCUAACUGCCUUGUAAUGGAAGUCGCCUUAUAUCUGGUCACUUUUAUCGGAAAUAAAUGUUCUGAACUAAUUA